GUAAGUGGUAUGACCGGCAGCAUAAAGUACGGGUUCGCUCGGUAACUUCAGUUGACAGCUGCAGGAACAAGCACGGCAAGUAGGCACACUUUGCAGAGUCACACCGAAACAGUGCAAACAUGGAGUGGACACCAAUGGAGAUCAACCCCGAGAUGCUGAACAAGAUGAUGAGCAAGCUAGGCGUGGGUGGAAACUGGCGCUUCGUUGAUGUGCUGGGGCUGGAGAGUGAGCAACUGUCCGCCGUGCCGAAACCAUGCUGUGCCUUAAUGCUGCUCUUCCCACUGACACAACAGCAUGAGUCUUUUAGACAGCAGCAGGCAGACAAGGUUGCAGGAGGCUCUGAGGUUUAUUUCUUGAAGCAGACGGCAGUCAAUUCCUGUGGCACCAUCGCCCUGCUGCAUGCUGUGGCCAACAACAAGAGCAAAUUGACUUUUGAUAGUGACUCUGCCCUGAAGAAGUUUCUAGAUGAGACUGCAAACAUGUCUGCUGAUGACCGUGCCAAACAUCUGGAGAAAAACCAGGCAAUCUGUGAGGCUCACAAUGAGGUAGCGGUGCAGGGCCAAUGUAGGCUGGAAGCGGACAAAGUCAACUUCCACUUUAUUGCCUUUGUCAAUGUGAAUGGACAACUUUAUGAAUUUGAUGGAAGAAUGGAUGGACCAGUGAAACACGGAGCUACUAAAGAUGAGUCCUUCAUAAUGGAUGCAUCCAAAUUGUGCCGUGGAUUCAUGGAAAGAGAGCAAGGCGAGGUCCGUUUCUCUGCUGUGGCUCUUUGCCAAACUUAGAUAUUCAUUAGGACACACAACCAAAGUGUCCUGAAGCAUUCACAUGGCAAACAAUCAGCAGGCACCCAGUACAACCUGCAAACACAUACAUCUGCAGACACUAUGCACUAUAACGCACAUGUGGAUGCCACAUACUGUACUUUCAUCUCAUGAACAAAGCCUUUUUAAGCACAUGUACACAAACACGCUAUCAAAUCCUUUGGAUUUGCUGACACUUACUGUUUUCCAAAUCAAGCUUGUCCAAACCUUUUUUAUUUUUUUUUUGUUAUAUAAUUUAGCAAUGGGAAUUGUAAAACAUAAGGUCUGAUCUCACCACUGCUUGUGUGCACAUGUGUAUUUGUCCUUUUGCAACUUGUUUUGUAAUCAUUGGUGCAUCUGUUUCAAACUUAGAAACUGAUGCUUAAAUGCCGGUUCGUGCCAAUAGAUAAAA